CUCCCCAUCUCCCGCCCCUCCCCAGGUCCCUUCCCCUCCCCCGGGAUAAAUCCCGACCCUUCCCCUCCCGCGCCGCCCCCGCGAUGCCGCCGCCGCCGCCGCCGCUCCCCGGAGCCCCCGAGCCGGCCCGGGAGGGCUCCCGCGACCCCUUCCGGAGCUCCGGGGGCUCCCGGGGGGGCUCCCGGGGAGGCUCCCGAGGGGGGUCCCGGGGGUCCCCGAGCCGCCCCCAGCGCUACCGGCGCCACCCCAAACCCCCGUACUCGUACCUGGCGCUGAUCGCCCUCGUCAUCCGCGCCGCCCCCGGCCGCCGCCUCAAGCUCGCCCAGAUCAUCCAGCAGCUGCGGAGCCUUUUCCCGUUUUUCGGGGGCGGGUACCAGGGCUGGAAGGAUUCCGUGCGCCACAACCUCUCCUCCAACCCCUGCUUCGCCAAGGUGCUCAAAGACCCCUCCAAGCCGCACUCCAAAGGCAACUUCUGGACCGUGGACGUGUCGCGCAUCCCUCCGGCGGCGCUGCGGCUGCAGAACACGGCGGUGGCGCGCGGCGCCGCGCCCUUCGCGCCCGACCUGGCGCCCUUCGUCAUUUCCGGCUGCCCCUACCCCCCGUCCCCUGCGGCCGCCCCCCAAAAUUCCGACUUCUCCAUCGCCUCGCUGCUGCGGGCGCCGGGAGAGCCCAAGAUGGCGGCGGCCAAUCAAAAUCACCCCCAAAUUUGGGGCCAGCUGCCGACGUCCUACAGCGCCGGCGUGGCGCCCAACGCCGUGGCGCCCAACGCCGUGGCGCCCAACGUGGGGCAACCCAACGCGCCGGCGCCCAACGUGGGGCAGCCCCAAAUUUUGGGGUUCUCCUGGGGGGUGAGGAGCGUUGGGGAGGGGACGCCCCGAAAAGCGCGGGGGGAUUUGGGGGUUCCCGCCCUCCCCCCGCCCAAUAAAAGCGUCUUCGACGUUUGGUUGAGCCACCCCGGGGAUAUCGGCAUCAGGGGGUGA